AGCAUGUUUACACAUGUAGAGGUGAAAUAAUUCUCUCUCAGAUGGACAGCAUGACGUCUAGGAACAUUUUGGUGAAGAUUGCUGCGUUGAUUGGACUCUUUUUGUUUACUGAGGUCCAGGCUGCUCCGACAGGCUCUGGUGAUGAUGCAGAUGCUGGUGAGCUGAGGGAUGACAUACUAGAGAUCAAUAGAGGGUUGAAUCACCUUUUUGAGGGAGACAUUGCUGGGAAUCCGAGCAGGAAUGCAAUCCUUGAUGAAACAAGAAGAUGGACGUUUCCAAUCCCUUAUAUCUUAACUGACUCUUUAGACCUGAAUGCUAAAGGUGUGAUCCUCCAGGCUUUUGAGGAAUACCGUCUGAGAUCCUGUGUGGACUUUAAGCCCUAUGAGGGUGAGAGCAGCUACAUCUCCUUCACCAAGCUCUCAGGAUGCUGGUCGUAUGUUGGGGAUGAUAAAGUUGGCCAGAAUGUGUCCAUAGGAGCUGGAUGUGACACUAAAGCUGUUGUGGAGCAUGAGCUCCUCCACGCUCUGGGCUUUUACCAUGAGCAGUCUCGCUCUGACAGAGACGAUUACGUCAAAAUCUGGUGGGACCAGAUUGAAGAAGGGAAGGAGCACAACUUCAAUAAAUACGAGGAUGACUUCAUCACUGAUUUGAACACGCCCUAUGAUUACGAGUCCAUCAUGCACUACAGACCUCUCUCCUUCAACAUUAACGACAGCAUACCAACAAUCACCACCACCAUACCGUAUUUUAAUGACGUGAUUGGCCAGCGUCUGGACUUCAGCGCUGUAGACAUCACCAGGCUCAACCGCAUGUACGACUGUGCCAAUACACACACUCUCCUGGACCAGUGCUCCUUUGAGCUGAUCAACAUCUGUGGAAUGAUCCAGAAUGAGAACGACAACGCAGACUGGGUCCAGACUCUCAGCAGCCCAACUGAUGUAGACCACACCCUGGCAGGACGCUGCAGAGACUCUGGCUACUUCAUGAAGUUUGACAAAUCCACUGGUGAAGUUGGAAGCAGUGCCUCUCUGGAGUCCCGUAUCCUCUACCCAAACAGGGACGAGCAGUGCCUGCAGUUCUUCUACAGAAUGACCGGGACCGCUUCAGACAAACUUGUGAUAUGGGUCAAGACUGAUGAUGGGACAGGGACCGUACGGAGUGUCAAGAAGAUCCACACCAUCAUAGGUGAUGGAGAUGACUCCUGGAAAAUUGCCCAUGUGACUCUCAAGAUGACGGAGAAGUUCCGUUACUUCUUCCAGGGCAUCAGAGCGGCGGCUGGCUCUUCUGGCGCCAUCCUCAUUGAUGACAUCACUCUCACAGAAACCGUUUGCCCCAGUGCUGUCUGGCAAAUUCCCAACUUCACCAACAUCCUAGCCAGCACUCCUGCUGGCAGUAAGAUAAACAGCGAGUGUUUCAACAGCCCUGAAGGCUACUCAUUCGGUAUCACGGUUUAUCCAAACGGUAGAGACGCCGAGUACCCAGACUAUGUUGGCGUUACUCUGCACCUCUGCAGUGGGGAAGAUGACGCAGUAAUGGAGUGGCCUGCCAUUAAUAGGCAGGGAACCCUCGUAGUCAUGGACCAGGACCCAGACGCUAAACUAAGGAUGUCGUCAACAAGAAGCUUUACAACAAAAGACGGUGGUGUCCACUGGAACAAACCGACAGCCACUUCAGGAGCAGUGUUUGAUGAAAGCUGUAAUUGUUAUCGCGGUAAGGACUAUGGCUGGAGUACGUUCAUUUCUCACCAGCAGCUACAGAAGAGGAGCUUCCUGAAGAACGCCGACCUGAUUAUCACUGCUGACUUCAAUGAUUUGACCCACCUGAUAAAAUCUGAGGUUCCUGUCACACCAGUUCCACUGAAGCACACUAAAGUGGAGGAGCCAGCUGUGGAGGUGGAAAUAAAACCAGAACUUCCCAAACACAGAGAAGCCCGGUCUGUCAACCCCUGUCACCCCAAUCCUUGUUUUAACGGAGGCCUGUGUGUGGAGACUGGAGGAGCAGCUUCAUGCAGGUGUGCAUCGACACAGACCACCUACUACACCGGUAAAAGCUGCGAGGAAGUGAACAUACAUGGAAACAUUUUGGGAGCUCUGAUUGGUGGAGUAGCGGGGACCGUUUUGCUGACCCUCGCUAUCUUCACCGUCAUCAGGAGAGCUCAGUGAAGCUAAAUUCAGAGGAAUGACGCCUUUAGGUGUCUUUGUUUAUGAUUUUUGACAUAAUAUACAGGAUGUUUUAAAUAAUUACAACUAAAAUACCCCACAUACACCCAUGAGGUACUACUGGUUGAAGACAAGGCUCCUUCACUGCCCUUUUCAUGAUGAACAUUUGGGUGGGAUGCAUGAGUGCUGCUUUUAACCCUUAAGACCCUGUAAAGUGAAAUACAAACUUUGUCUCGUAGCACACUCGAUAUGUUUGAAUAUGGUUGCUGUAAACAUGAGAACACUGAGGUCUACAUGUCACCUCUUUCCUGGCUGGGUUUAAUGUGGGCGGGGCAAAUAUGUGGACAGGUGAUGUCAUCAGCCCACAGUGAGGAAUGACCCCGCCCCUCUAACACUACAAUAUAAUAUCACAGAGCAGUUCAUCUCAGUACAGUCUGUUGUUAGCUGAUGUCACUGCCUUUAUUGAAAGUGUUUUUUGGUUCAUUGUGAGAUAAAUUUGCCAAAUCAAUCAGCUACAGUGAUCCAUGGAUCAUUUAAAGCAUCAUUACAGAGAUUUGAGCCAGAAAAAGGACUUUGUCUCUUCUCUGGCACAGAGCCAGGCAGCUGUACUCUGCUAAUAAUGUUGACAUUCAGACCACCAGGCACCAUCCUGAAGGGAGCAGAUUUUACUGCUUUAUUUUUCAUGAUUUUGAAGCUUAAUUUUGUAAACCAAAAGAUAUUUUGACUGAAAUUUGAUUUAGGGGUUCAUAACACAGUGACCUGUCUUACAACAAACUGAAAUACAGAUGUAUUUUCACCUUACAGGGUCUUUAAAUGCAGUAAAAAAAAAAGGCUUAACUGGUGCCAAACACUGAACCUUUUGCAUCAGUUUAUUAGUGUUUAAUGUGCUUGUUUUUAAUCUAUAUAUUUAAGUAAAUCUUAAUGUUCUUGCUUCAUUAAUUCUUGUUUAGAAAAGUAAAGUCUGAUGUAAAUUCAA